GCGCCGCUGUACCUCAGCCAAAAAAUCUCGGUGUGCCUUGGGUGAAAAUCGAAUUAUUUUCGAAAAUAACGCGUAAAACAAGUGAAAAUGCAUUUAUGGUGCGUCGGGGGCGGGUGUAGUGCGUGCAAAUAAAGUGAUUAAAACUGUUAAAACUCUUCUUAUAAUGGCGGAUGGCGCGACCUCCACCUCCACCGAGCCGACAUGAGUAAUCCAGCCCGAGACACCGUUGUCGUCGUUCCAGAACCAUCGGAACAAAGCCCUGGCGCCGAUCCAAAAUCCAAGAGGAACAGCGGCCUGUUCGCCUUCUUCAAAUGGCUGAAGCCAUCGGGGUCGUCGCGCGAGUCGAUCGACUCGGCCACGUCGCGCUCUAGUAGUCUGGAUAGUUUGUCCUCGGACAAGAGCGCGGGGACAGUGGCCAGUUUCUCCUUCGUGCCGCCUGGGGUGUAUGAGAAACGAGGGGCUGUUGAAAAGUGCGUCCAGAUCGGUCCCGAGACUGAUACAUACAGGGCGCGUCUAAAACAAAGGGACAAACGCAGAGAAUCGGACAAAAAUGUGACGCUUAGGAAAAAAUACAAUUUAUUCUUUAAUAGAGAUUCGUUAUUGAAACCGAAGAAAAAUAUCGAAGAAGAGGAGAAUUCCAAAAGCCUACCACUCAUGACUCGAGCUCAUAUUAUGGAGAUUGAACCUGAAAAGGUUCAUCGUAGAACGAACAGUGAGUCAUCUAAGGUCAAACGAGCAGGUGCAUAUGUACACGUCAAGGGCAAACGAAGAGCACCUCAACCACCAGGAGGAGGUCCGAACAUCCCCAUAGAUUCAUCCUCCACCUCUAGCCUGAAAAGAAAAAAGAGAACUGCUCCCAUUCCACCACAUAAAAUAGAAACAACUGAAAAUACAGACGACCAAGAUAAAGAUAUAGUAGCAAACGACUAUCUGAAGCUAGAUAGAGGAGUUUUGAAACCAGUCAAAGAAGAGACUCGACCAAAAACACCCCAAGAAGCUGUUCCUGUUCCUGGAUUUAACGCUGUGAGUCCUUCCUCGUCCAGAACAAGUGUCGCAGAGGCUCCUGUAUCGCCCAGGCCGUGGUACAAGAGGAAUUCGGGGUCCAAGGAGGUGUUAGCGAAGAAAGAAAACAAGUACGAACCGAUAGAAAGACUUCCAGAGGUGCAGUAUAUGCGAAAUUCCACUUUAGAUCUCACACUAGAAGAUUCCUUAGCCAACCCAGAAAAAGACAAAAAGAAAGAUGACAAAAGACGGAGCGGAAUGUCAUUCUUAACAAACAUCAGUGAGCUAGACCGCGAAGCUUCAGAAAUAAUUAAACAGAAAUCAGAAUUAGAAAAAACCGAUUCAACAACAAACAACUUAAACGAAAUACCUGAGUUUAUGAAACCCAAAGAAACCAAACCGACCAACGAUACUUUAGUUUCAUCUAAAAGACGAUCAACUAGAGAUCUCAUAGCAAAAUUUAAUGCUAUCACCAACGUGACUAAAGCUACAGUUUUCGGAAUAUCACACAAAGAUAAGUACUUUGGGAAACAGACAAGUUUGGACGAAACCAAGCAGCGACAAGAAGCGAUUUUACAGAACCACAAAAAACGAAUUGAAGAAAUCGACAAGAAAAAGGAAGACAGAUUUGCCCCGUUGAUGAAGUCCGAAAGCGCCAGUGCUGUGAAGUUAGGUGCUAAGCCAGAAACUCCAAAAAUGGAUAGAAAAAGCUGGAAAUGUCCCAAAUGCAACUUAGAAAACGAAUACUGGAGGAUUAUCUGCCAUGUCUGCUCAGCUAUUAAGCCUUACUUUGACGAUUUUGACAAAACACCCGAGACAAAAGCUUCCAGUCCUGUACCAACGAAAAAAGAAGAAAAAAUCUUCGAACGAUCCAAAACUCAAAUAGGAUUCUCGGCUUUAUCUACCUACAACGCCAACAAAAAGAAACUGCUUGAAAAUAACGAUGAUUGCAAGGUAGAUGAAACCAGCAAGAAAGAAGAGCGUGAAAAACUAAGGAAGAUGCUGAUCGAAAUGAAGAACUCCUUGCCGAAAAGGAAAAGCAACAUUUUGAUGAAACAAAACAGUCGAAGCAGUAUAAUAAUGGAAAAUCCGAUUGAAGAAACAAAGAAAGAAAUAAAACAAAUCGAGGAAGAAAAGGAAGAAACUAACGAAGAACCAGUUGAAAAAACUCAAGAAGAAAAAGUAGCGGAAAUACUUAUCGGGACUACCAAAACUAUCUACCAGAACAUCAAAGUUAGAAAAACUAGCAAUCCUAAACCUAUCAAAGUUUCUUCUGAAGCCCAAACUAGCGCUGUGGUCAGACAACUUGUGCCAGAAUCUAGUAUCAAAAAGCUGAUUGAAAAUCACAAAGCCAAUAACAUAUACGAACCAAUGAAAGUACAGGAUUUUGAAGAUAUUUAUUCAGAUAAAAACGGAAAAUCUGCUGCACGUCUUUACGCGAAUUUAGCUCAAAACGACGAACUGUCUUUGUUUUUUAACGUUCCGAAGAACAUUAGUAACCUGAAGAACAAUCUAAAUAAUCAAAAAGAUGGUGUUUCUUCCUUGACGCAAAGUAAUAAUAACUUUAACACCGACACCAUUGAAAUUAACAGACUUUUGAGGAGACUGGAAAGUGCAAUAGCCAAGGGAGAUAUGACUGAAGCCGCCAUUUUUGCGAAAGAACUUGCUCAGUUGAAAGUUAACUGUUCAGUUAUUAGACAAAAACCUCAGGGGGUUGUAGUGGAUGCAGGAAAGAAAAUAGGAUUUCAAAUAGAAAUGUAUGUGGAAGAUAAAGUGUCUCACAGAGGACCGUUUCCCAUAGACGUACAAGAAUCUCAAACAGUGUUAGACCUAAAGGAACAGAUAUUUCGGGAAUUUGAAAUUCCAGUAGACGUCCAGCGAUGGAUCUUGGGAAAAGAACUGGUUACCAAUGACAGUGCAACGCUUAAGGACCAUCAUAUAACUGAAGGAUGUCCAGUGUUUCUAUAUCUAGUUAAACCUGAAAAGAAAGCCUCUGGAGAUCAGCAAAAUCCACCAAAAUCUCUUAACGCUUCAACUUCAAAAGAAAUUAUUUACAAAAACUCCAAAAAUGAAAACAGGCUCUCAGCAAAAAUCAACGAUAUUCAGAUUCCAGUCACUGUAACCCAACUAGACAAGAAUACAGAAGAAAUCAAAACAGUACUUCUUAGUAACAAGGAAAACUCGAAAAUUAAAGAUGUUGAAGAUACUCAGCAUAAACUUGUUGCACCGAAAAUAAUAAACGUCAUACCAAAAGUUACCGAAAAAAUCCCAGACCGAGUAGAAACAGCAAAACUUAUACCUUUACAAAAAGAAACUCAGAAAAAAUCAAGUUCUAAUGUUAAUGAGAAAAAAACCUCUACAUCUACUCAAAUACCUGUUUCGGUCACGGAAAUCAAAGUAGAUAUCCGUCCUCAGGUUUCAAAAAUACCAACUUCAAGAGUGAAAGAAGAAAAGACCGGUUUGGUUAGAGCCAAAGUAUCUGAAGUUAAAGUUCUACAAGCACCUCCAAUUACUGUACAAAGCUCCACAUUUACUCGCGAAGUUUUACCAAAAACUUCAAAAGCAGUUUUAUCAAACGGUGUUGAAAAUGGACGUGAAAAAAUUGUGGAGAUUUCUGUUGAAGUUUCUAAAAACUCUCAACAGGAAACGAAAUCUUCUGGCGUUUCUUCAAAAGUUACCGGGACUUCUACUUCUACUAAUGUUAAUCCUUUACCUAAGUCUCCUAGAACUAGUAGUAUUUAUCCGAAUUUAUCUAACUUAGAUGACAUAGGUAAAACAGAUGCAAAAGUUGAAAGUAAGGAAGCUCCGAAAGCUAAAGAAGAGCAAGACUUCGAAGAAUACGAUUCUAAAACCUUAAAACCUCCAAAAGAAUGGGAGUGUCAUCUAUGCACCCUCCUCAAUCCUGUUUCCAGUAACGUUUGUGCGGUUUGUGCUACAGUGAGACUCAAAAGAACCACCUUGAAGCGAUCUAGCAAGAAAAAACCUGCUCCAAAGCCUCAGGAGCAAACUUAUCUUCAGUUAGUUACUCUGGAUAAUGCGGAUUUGGUGCCUAAUGCGGAUGCUUUCGAGUGCGUGGUGUGUUUUUUGGAAGUUGAUGCAAAGCAGGGGGUGACUUUGAGGGAGUGUUUGCACCAGUUUUGUAGGGAGUGUCUUUCGAGGACUGUGGAGUUUGCGGAGGAUGCGGAAGUGAAGUGUCCUUACAGAGAUGAGGAAUAUUCCUGUAAUAUAGCGCUACAAGACAGAGAGAUAAAGGCUCUAGUUUCAGCUGACAUUUACGAGCAGCACCUGGCCAAGUCUGUAGCUCAGGCAGAAAACAAGAUGGAGAAGACCUUCCAUUGUAAAACACCGGACUGUAAGGGCUGGUGUAUAUUCGAAGACAACGUGAACGAGUUCAAAUGUCCCGUCUGUAGACGAACAAACUGUUUGACUUGUCAGGCUAUCCAUAUUGGUCUGAACUGUAAACAGUAUCAAGAGAGGAUGCAGAACGAAGCGGAUAUAGACGAAGAUGCUAAAAGAACCAAAGAUUUUUUACAGGAAAUGGUUGAAAAAGGGGAGGCAAUAGGUUGCCCAACGUGUAAAGUGAUAUUAAUGAAAAAAUGGGGCUGUGACUGGCUGCGCUGUUCGAUGUGCAAAACGGAAAUAUGCUGGGUGACGAGGGGACCCAGGUGGGGCCCUGCGGGCAAGGGCGAUACGUCGGGCGGCUGUAAAUGUGGCAUCAAUGGAGUGAAAUGCCACCCGAAAUGUAGUUACUGUCAUUAAAACGAAUUUACAGUAAUCCUUUAUUAUAUCUACUUCUCAAAUGUGUUAGUAUUGUUAUAUUGCCUUCCUAAUACCAAAGGUCUUUUAAAAAUUAAGUGAAAAAGAACUCAAACUAGGCUUCCCGUUGUAGUCCCGUUGUGUUGUGAGAAUUUCAUACGUUAAUAAAA